UUCCUAUUUACCCAUUCAGGUUCUUCCUCAUUCCAAAAUGUCAGCAUGCAGUCGCUUUGUUUUGCGUAGGUUUGCCGGUCGCUCGGCCUAGCCUCGAGUUGGCUGACGGACGGUAAAGUUCAUUGUUCGCUUGAUAUUGUUCGUGAAAGUGCUGACGCAUACUUCGGCUGUUGGUGAUGUGCUCAUUUUGUUUUUGUAUCUAUUUAUGUUGUUAGAUUUUUUUGAGAAAAAACGCCGAACGUUGCACGUUGGCCAUUGCUGCAUUCGACUGUAGUAGACAACUUUGGGAGAAUUUGGUUUGCAAGCGACAUUUGUUGUUGUGCUGUGUUACGUAUGCUGUAUGCAGCAGCUCGCCCAAUCGUUCAUCGUACAGCAACUGUUGCUGCUACACAGACAUACUCCCUUGGUACAUUCAUGUACAGCAGUUGUACGAACCUCUGCAUUUCUAAAUCUAAAAAUUAAAUAUUUUACCAUUUGUCUACUUUUUUUGCGUCUUCGGUGCGUUUAAAAUAGACGAGUGCAACUAAGUCCGCGUAGCAUGUCGAUGCAGCAAAGAUUUUAUUGUCGUUCAAGAACAGAAGUUUGUGAGUCAGAAAGCAAUAUUUAACAAUUUCGUGACUGAUUCACCCUCAUAUAGUGUCGAAUUCUUUUCUAUUGAUUUUUCAUGCUAUAACAUCGCAAUAAAUAUAAUGUUUGGUAGGGAGUGAGAGCAAGACGUCACCGGAAAGAAGAUUAAGUGAAAGAACACCAUAUCAGCCAGUUGGUCUAUACAACAGUCAGUCAUAAGGACAGAGAAGAGCGGACAAGACAAUUAGUAGCAGCCGGCUAUUGUGUGUGCAGUAAAGCAGAAAUAAAUAAAUAAGGAAAGUAAUAAUUGUACCAAUACAAAAAUGGCAGUCAACGUGUACUCCACAAAUGUGACUACCGAAAAUUUAUCCAGACAUGAUAUGCUCGCUUGGGUAAAUGAUUGCCUGCAAGCGCAAUUUGGUAAAAUUGAAGAGCUAUGCACUGGCGCUGCUUAUUGCCAGUUCAUGGAUAUGUUGUUCCCCGGCUCGGUGCCAAUGAAAAGAGUCAAGUUUCGUACAAAUUUGGAACACGAAUAUAUUCAGAAUUUCAAAAUCUUGCAAGCAUCUUUUAAAAAGAUGGCAGUUGAUAAGAUAAUACCAAUUGAUAAACUGAUCAAGGGCCGUUUUCAAGAUAAUUUCGAAUUUUUACAAUGGUUUAAAAAAUUCUUCGAUGCCAAUUAUGAUGGCCGAGAUUACGAUGCCAGCGCUGCUAGAGAUGGUGCUCCAAUGGGUUUUGGUUCGGGUGUGGUGAAGGCUUUGCCUGGCACCGGUGGCGGUUCGUUAUCCUCACGUAAGCCAGUGGCCAUAGCACCGCCGGCGCGUUCAUCAACAACAUCGACGACACGGCCCAUUUCCAAAGUACCACCGCGCGCCGCAGCACCAGUCGUAACUAAGUCAGCUGCCGUAAAUAAUACCACCGGUGCAGUUAAAAAGUCCGGCGACUCAUCCAAUACGGUGUCGAACCAACAGAUCGAGGAGUUGUCCAAUCAGGUCAUGGAUAUGCGUUUGAACUUGGAGGGUUUGGAGAAAGAGCGGGAUUUCUAUUUCUCAAAAUUGCGUGACAUAGAAAUACUCUGCCAAGAAGCAGCAGAAGGUGACCCGCAUCCUUUAAUACAAAAGAUUUUGGAUAUUAUGUAUGCGACCGAGGUAAAGCGCAACACUUCUGAUGGUUUUGCGCCUCCGGAUGAAAUUCCGCCCGAGGAUGAGGAGUAUUAAAAGCAACAACUCGCAAGGAGGAUUGAUUACAGAACUGCAAAUAAACAGAAACUGAGAAAAAAAUGUUUAUAUUACACAAAAAAAAAAAACAAGAUUUAAAAAAUACAAGAAUUUAAGCAUAAUAAACUAUGUUAAACAUGAUUGAUAAAUGUUGAAAA